CAUUCUAUCUAAUCGCCUUCCAUCUGUGCUUCUCAGAGCCGCCACACUCGCAAUCUCAGGUGCUCACACUGCAGAAUCGGAAAUCCUCUGUUCCUCUUCCAAUCGCCAGAAGCUCUUGUACCGAACCACACUAAUUUCUCAGUUCAAAUGCUUCCCCAAACCAAAUUCUCCAUUUCUCAUCUCCCCCCUUCAAUUUUCCCCACAACUCAUUUUCUCAGGCCUUCAUUUCCACCCUUAAAACCAAUCACCUUGGAAUUUAAGUCAUUAAGAACAAACCCAUGUCACAGAUUUUCAAUCCAGCCUUUGAAAUGCUCGGUUUCUGUAGUUUCAGAGCCAACAAACUUGGAAUUGACCAGCAAUCCCAAACCUUUUCCUGCUGAGGUUUCGAGGACAAUCAUGGAAUUGUCUUCUGUGGGCACUUUUUCUGGUAUGAGUCGAGAGGGUUGGCCUCUGGGAUUUGGCGUUCGCUUUGCGGUUGACCUAAAUGGGACUCCAAUUUUGUGCUUGAAUGAGUCCAAUAGGGAACUUUUUGUGGAUAAGAGGUGCAGUAUUCAUGUUCAGCUAGAGCAAUCUGGAUUGCGGACGCCACAAUGCACGAUACAUGGGAACCUUGAUAAACCUGGAGAUAGAAUGGCUUUGAAGAGACUUCAUUCAGCAUGGAAGAAGCGUUUCGGAGAAGAAGUAGAUGAAAACAACAUAUAUGUAAUUGAUGUUGAACGGGCACUUCAGAUGGAUGAUUUUGCUGAGGAUGGUACGUGGGUUUCGUCAUCCGAAUAUGCAUCAGCUAAUCCAGAUCCACUUCGAGACUUUGCAAAGAAGGUUAUUGAUGAUAUAAAUGCACACAAUAUGGAGGAUGUUCAUCGGUUUUGCAACAUUUAUGUGGAUUUGGAUUUCCAGGUGUUGGAUGCCAUGAUGGUUUGGGUCGACCGGCUAGGUUUUGACAUGCGCCUCAGGUCUACCCAAAAUGAUGUAUAUGAGGUCCGAAUUCCUUUCCCUAGAGAAGUGACGGAUGAGAAGGGCGCAAAAUCAUCGUUCAACGGUAUGUCUCAACUUGCUUGGGAAGUAGAAAAGAAUGUUCAAGUUCCAGAAUUCAGAAAGGUGAAACAACUGAAGAAGAUCAUAGGGGGAAGAAUUUAAGUCAUUUCUGAAAUUGUUUUGGUCUUCUACUUCAAAUUCUGUGUUUCCAACAUGAAAUGAAUUUCAUUGUGUUGUAUUUUUUCCUAUUUUUCUGUUAUGUACAUUUUGGUGGGAAGAGCGAAGGGUUGUUUGACCUCUGGAUUCAUACGUCAAUUUUGUACAUCGAGACAAUUGAACAACAAUUACAUUAGUGCAUAUACAAUA